AUGACUCAGCCACAAUUCAACCUUACCAAAACAGUACUAGCUCCCGCUGCCUUGCUCCAGCCCGCCGGAGCUUCGGAGUCCGCCCAGACUCCGCCAGCCAGAAAAGAUCUCCGCCAACGAAAAUUCCGCCCUGCGUUCCUUGUCGUCCUCCCGCCCAGAUCAAUGCUUCCGCUACGCCAAUUGCAUUGGUCUUUAUUUCCCGGAGCACCAACAGGACAUGUUCCCAGAAUAAAAACCCUGCGCAUCGGUUUUCCUGGACGACGCCGGCACGCUUCUCACUCUCCCUCCGCUUUUCUAUUCCUCGUUAGCCAGCCUUCUGCUGAACACCAAAUCUACCAGUCUUUCAGCACCGAUCCAUAUGUCAAUCUCUCAAUCGAGAACUUCCUUUACAAACAUACCCCGACUGAUUCGAAAAUCCUUUUCUUAUACGUAAACAGUCCAACCGUCGUUAUCGGUAGAAAUCAAAACCCAUGGCUUGAAACGAAUCUACAUCUCCUUAACCGGGCUAAAGCUCCCAAGAAUGGGGUGGAACCCUCAUAUACCCCUGUCACUUUAUUGCGGCGCAGAUCCGGCGGCGGGGCCGUCUUCCAUGACGAAGGGAACCUGAAUUUCAGUGUGAUAUGCCCCAAACCUAUAUUCCACCGCGACAAGCAUGCUGAGAUGGUUGUUCGGGCUCUACAUAAACUUGGAGCCAUUAAUACGCGUGUCAAUACUCGGCAUGACAUCGUCAUGGGUGGGCAUUCGUCGGCCCCAGUGCCGCAGAGGGUUGUUCAUUUCGAUACGGACGACGUCGAGAGCCCACCGGUUCGGGCAACACCCCAGGCUCUAAAGAUUUCGGGCUCAGCAUACAAGCUGUCAAGCUUUAGGGCAUUGCACCAUGGCACUUGCUUGGUCGAUUCUCCAAACCUGGAAUCCAUUGGCGCAUUCUUGAGGUCACCAGCUCGGCCGUACCUGCAUGCGAAGGGCGUUGAAAGUGUAAGAUCUCCAAUUGGAAAUAUAUCUUCGACUCUCGGCGGCUUGUCGGGAUCUCAUCUAAUGCAGGCGCUGGUCACCAACAUCAUGGAGGAAUUUGCAUUGCUCUAUAAGGUCGACCCGGAUGCUCUAUUCAGUGCCCAGAAGCUGCGUGACCGACCCGGCUUCCAGUCUGGUAAAAACUGGUUGGUGGGUGCUGUUACUGCCAACACCAGUGUGGGGGUGAAUGAGAUUGAAGAAGACAUCCGUGACUUCAAGUCGCUGGAUUGGACCUACAAUCAAUGCCCUCGAUUCACCUUUUCCACCUAUCCGACAGAAGAGGACCCGCGAUUAAGGCCGGGCCUACCGUCUAAUCUGCACCCUUCGACCCGCAUAUUCCUACGGCUAAAAUUUGGAAGAAUAAUCGAGUCUUGCAUUUCCAUGUCCGACGAUCCCGAAACAGCAGAUUUCCAAUCUCGACGGGUCCAUGAAGUCCUCCAGGGGAGGCAGCUUCACGAAAUCUUAGACUGGAGACAAGCCCUCAAUGGCGUUGCUGAUGCAUUCGGCUCGUCACAGGAUGUCCUGAACCUUAGCGAAUGGCUUAAUACCAAAAUUGGUCGCCGGCCGUCCUAG